AAUAUGGUCGCCGAAAAUAAGCGUGAAAAUGUAAACAAGAUCCAUUUUUCAAGCGAGUUUUUUGUAAUAAUAGACGACUGUGCGAUCUGAUUACAUUAUCUUAUGCCCGAAAAGAGAAGUCGUUCUUUGUUUUGGACUGUGGCUUGCUGGACGUUAAAAAAUUGAGCUACGAUUCUACCAAACGUCAAUUUGACCAAACGUAAAUAUAGCUGCUGUGUUUAAAGUUUGUAUAUUCUGUAAGGGAAGACAAAUAGAUCAUGGUUAUAUGUCAGUAUUUUUUAAAGGGGGCAUGUAAGUUUGGUGAUCGAUGUUUCAACGAGCAUCGGAGGCCAGGUUAGUUAAAAUAUUUAACGGAUAUUAAAUACGGCGUGGUUAAUAAUUAAUCCCCCGUGACUAUUGACUAUUAGUAUAAUUACAUAGGUGAUUAUUGAAAAUUCUCCACGCUGAUUGGCUGCCGUUGAGGUGAUUAUUACGCGAUAAUCACCUAAGCGAUUUUCAAAAUGGCAGCCGAAGCCGUUUUGUCAAAUUAAAUGACGAAGAAAUGUCUAUUUUUUAUUUUUUUCUAAAUAAUCACCUAUGAAAUUAUACUAAAACAAUUAUUCACCUCAGGCUCGGUGAUUAUCGUGAAUAAAAACCUUGACUUCGUCUCGGUUUUUAUUCACCGAUAAUCACCUCGCCUUCGGCAAAUAAUUGUUAAAUAUUCACUCGACUACUGAGGAAAUGAGGAAUUACUCAAAAUCGACUGAAAUCUAUUCAGUAUAAUUUAAGCAUGUUUAAAGAAUGAAAAACACUUAAUUUUGUCAGAUCUAUAGUUCAGACACCUUUUGCAGAAAACAAGGGUUCUUACAACCAAGGAAGCCGAAACCAAAGAAACUACCAACAAGAUUCCCGUGACUUUAACAGCGGUGGUCGCUAUGGUAACAGUAGUGGUAGAAAUUCUGGUGGCGGUCGCUACAACCAAAACACGGGUUAUGAUGACAGAAGUUAUGAUAGUUACAAUCAAGGUUACAGAAAUCAGAAAAACUACCAUGACAACAGGGGUGGUGGUUAUCAUGAUACUGGUUAUGGUGGUCGUGAUGGCGGUCGUGAUGGUUAUGGUGGUAGUGGUCGUGAUGGUUAUGGCGGUGGUCGUGGACGUGACAGUUAUAGUGGGCGCGGUGGAGGCCAAAAUUACAGCAGAGACAAGUUCCAUUAUGAUGCCAGAGAUAAAGUAAGUCUGGGACCUUGGUAAAUGAAGAAGCUAGGUGGAAAUCCAGGUGGCAAUUAUCGAGAUGAUGGUAAUAGUAAUGGGGUGUUGGUGGAAUAACAGUUACAGUUUGUGC